GCGCGGACAUAUUGCUUUCUUCCCAUUCUGAUGACGGAUGACCGUCCUGAUAUUGGUAGUGGAUAUUCCCUAAAAUUUACAUUCUGUUUUCCUCUUCAGCGAGUUCUGAAAAUCGGAUUAUGAAAACUGAUGACGAGCUAGAUGUUAAAGGCAGUACUGUAGUGUCGGAAAGGAUGGUGUCUGUUAUUGAAGCUCCAGACUAUUUGGCUAACUUCAAUAUCGAUACGGGUGGCGAAGCAGAGGAGUCCAGUAUGCCCCAUUACAUAGUCAAUUUAAAUAUGUAUAACACAAACACUGAUAUGGACGCUCUAACUACACUACCAAUUCAUGGUCAAGAUCCUGGUAUCGGUGAAUCAUCUGUCUCACUUCCGACUUCUGACAUGAAUUCACCCGUCAUUAUGAACGACAACGUUGGUUUGAUGUGUGGUGUUAAUUCGACAGGGCGAGGACAGCAGUUUUUCACACCAACUAUGCGUUCAAAAGCACGUGGUCGUGGACGAUUUUCUUCUGUUCCAUUGGAUGAUGUAAUGGAAAAGAAAAUAAGGACAUAUGAGGGAAAGGAUUGUGUACAAGAGCUAGGAAAGUUGUUAAAAUUAUUCCCUCGCUUUAAGAGGGCCUACAUUAAUCGAGUUUUCACGCGGAACAUGCUUAGUUACGAAAAGAGUUAUGAACAGUUAAAAGAAGAAGAUGAUCGAGAGCGUGAAAGAUGCUCAAAGGUCCGUCUUAUUCAAGCACCAAAGGCCGAGUCUAAACGACCAACAGAUUCGAAAACUCAUAACCGUCCGGAAUUACCUCUUCAGUCACAAGCUUUCUUAUGUAUGGGACUGCCUUUGGGUCGUUGCCCUCCCCAUGUUGCCAACUCACUGUAUCGUCGAGUCAUUGUUACUCCUGAGGGGACCGUUGAAUCCGCUGAUGAACAUGAACAGAAGUUUUUGGACUCUACGGGUUUAUCAAGUUCUGCGCUGGAAACACCAUCCUCACACUGUGAACCACCGCGUCCCAAACCAUCAUUGUUCACUGGGCUGAAAAUAUCAUCUAUGUCGACUGUCUUGCCUCCGAUCCACCAACUAGCUGAAUUCAAACAGUCUCCACCUAGACCUUCAGAAGAACAGAUGUUAACAUCGGAUAACAAUGCUGAAACAUUGAAUUCCGAAGAGACAACUAUUCAACAAUCAGGCAACAAAUUCUUUCGUACAGAUCAUGUUAGUGAAGCACAAAAAAAGAAACGUGGAUACAUUAAUCGCGAGAUGCGAACUGCCACAGUUAGUACACCCGUUAGUCGAACUAGCAUUACAGCAUCAGCGGUGAAAUCUGAUUUGGAUAGUGAUGAUUCUAGUAGGAAACCAGGAGAUGCUGUUAAAUAUUUAGCCAAAGUUGGUGUUGUAAGUAAUUCAGUUAAUCGUAAACGUCCUACACGUCGUGGAAAAUCAACUCGUCAAAAAUCAACAACAGAAAUUCAGGGCGUCAAUAACGAAACAACCACUUCACCUGCUGUCGAGGUUAUUACGGAAGACGAUGGUCUUGAUCUAACUAAUGAAGAACGCCGUCACCUUCUAUCCUUUUUUAACGAUGCCGUAUUGGAAGAACUCACGUUGAUGCCAGGGUGUUCUCGGAAAACCGCCCAGGCUAUUAUCAAUAUGCGCCCGUUUAAAAAUACGAAAGACUUGGUUUCUCAACUGUCGGGAGUUCGCCAUCUUUCCUCCAAUUUAUAUGAAUGCUGUAAAGAUAUUUUAGAAGUUCGUUCUGCAGUUAUCCGUUUACUAAAUAAGUGUGAGCGUCUAACUGAACAAGUUGCUAGUCAUGCGACACGUUUGCUUGAAAAUACCAUAGAUUUACCUGAAAAUGCUAUCACUGAUCAAAAUCAGUCUGAUGGAGUUGAUCAUGAACAUGAUGACUUCACUAUAAACAAAGCAAAUGGUAAUCCUGUCCAACUAGUGACUCAACAGCCCGCUAUUUUAAACCCUUUGCGUGAAUUAAAACCCUACCAACUUGUUGGUUUGAACUGGCUUCGUCUACUACACCACGAACAAGUCAAUGGAAUACUAGCAGAUGAAAUGGGCCUCGGAAAAACAGUUCAAGCUAUUGCUUUCCUAGCUAGCCUUUGGGAAAGUGGAAAUCGCGGACCACAUCUUAUCAUUUGUCCAAGUUCAACCCAGGAUAAUUGGCAGCGUGAAUUAAGUCUUUGGUGUCCUCACUUAAAAGUACUUGUUUAUCAAGGAUCUGCAGAACAGCGAAAAGCAAUCCGAUUGAAAAUAUAUGAAUCUGAGUCUCAACCGGAUUUUAAUAUACUUUUGACUAGCUAUGCUGUUGGUACAAGUGCUAUUGAGGACAGAGCUUUAAUGAAACGCAUCAACUUUCAUUAUGGGAUUUUUGAUGAAGCACACAUGCUAAAAAAUAUGACUUCUCAACGUUAUCGAAAUCUGAUGAAUUUUAGAGUUCAACGACGUUUACUUCUUACAGGUACACCUCUUCAAAACAACUUGUUGGAGCUCGUAUCUCUGUUAUCAUUUGUUAUGCCAGAAAUGUUCCUAAAAAGCACAGAUUUGCUGAAAAGGAUUUUUCAGAUUUACUCAAAACCCAUGAAUUCCCGUGAGGAAGAUCAGUCAGCCAAUAACACUCCUAUUCGAAGCAGUUUUGAAGAAGAACGCUUAGUUCAAGCUAAAAGUUUACUUCAACCAUUUUGUUUGCGACGAUUAAAAUCACAAGUCCUCGGACAGCUUCCUCCAAAAACCAGUGAAGUAGUUUUAGUAGCAAUGACGAAGACCCAAGCUACUCACUACCACGAUCUUGUUAAACGACUGCGUUCUCAGCGAUCGUUAAAAGACACAAACAGCAAUGGUCAAGAUCCCUCUCUUCUCUUAAAUAAUGAAUGUGAAGAUGGUGAUGAAAAUGCUGAUCCAGAUGCUAGUGAUCCAAAAGGUGAAUGUGCACCAAGAAAAAAAGCCCGUUUAGAUAAUUAUACUACAGUAAAUGGAACGAAAUCAUUUCCUGUCACUUCUAAAUCCAUUUCUGAGUCUCUCCAGUCACCGUGCAACAUGGUUACAGCGUUGCGCAAGGCAGCAAAUCAUCAGGCUCUUUUUUCUGGUCUUGCAUACACAGAUUCAAAUCUUCGGGAUAUUGCAGAAUCUUUGCACUUAGAUCCAAGUCACUCUAAUGCUGAUCCGAAUCUUAUUUAUGAAGACCUACUUGCAAUGAGUGAUCAUCAGAUACAUAAACUUUGCCAGUUUUACGAGGUGAGUUUAACCUUGCCGUAUGUUACAUAUUGUAAUUUUUAUAAAUCCUGAUAUCGGUUGUAAGUUUCCCCUGAUUGUGUCCUUCAGCUCUAAACAUACGAAAUCCACUAUAUAUGUAAAUACUCAUUCUUAGGUGGGAAAUUUCAGUGGAAGAUUCGUCCACUAAAGGUAUACUGUUUACGAUCUUAUCUGAAUGUAAAUGAAAUAACUUGUUAGCAUCUGAAAUAAAAGUUACGAUCAAAAUGUUAUAAAUUGUGUAACUUAACAAUGCUUAGUUAACAUUUAUCUUCAUUUUAGCGGCAACUUAUUGGUUUAGGCUUUCAACUUUCAGCCAUGGAGUUCCAAACUUGAACACCGCUCCACCUACUGAUAUUCAAGCAACCAGGCAGUAUCAUUAUCCUUCACACUUUGAUUGUGGUUCAUACUCAUGUAUUUAGUGAAUGAGCUAAUUUUACCAUAUGAGUUUUAAGAUUCGGGUUAUGUAUGUUUUCUUUCUAACACCUUUGAUCAGAAUUUUAGAUGGAAUUCACCUUUGUGAUUGUAGUUAUAAAAAAAACAAAUGUACAGUUAUGCUUAAUUCAUAAUUGAAAAUUAGUGCGAUUAGUGUAGUCAUUGAUCACUUCAUGUUAUCUUUAAUGUAGUCUAUCCAAUUAUUAAUUAAAUACUGAAGUUGCAUAUGUAAAUUAAUGGAUAUGAUGAAGCGUUUUAUGAGUUCUGUAUUUUUUCAGUAAAUAAAAAUAUGGCGAAGGAAAUUAUCUUUUUAACAAACUUGCUUUCAUAUCCAUACUUAGGUAAUUAAUAUCAGAAAAAAAUUGUGGAAAUUUUCUGAAAUAUUUAUUCUGUCAGAGUUUGAAUUCGACUAACGGUAAUACAAGUAAAUUGAUUGUUUGACUGAAAGAUCAAUAAAAGUGUGGUUAGUACAUGAUAAGAAUAAAUUUCAAUUAACUUAUGUUGACAUUUGAAUAAAUGAUUCUUCAGUGUGCUACAGUAAAUAAAUAACGAUCGCACGUAUAUCUUUUUUACGCAUAAUGUCAAAUUGAACUUCUGGUUUGCUAAAUAAUUCGGCUGUGCUAUAUUUUAUUCUUAAUCCUUUCUGAUUUCGUGAUCAAACGUCAUAAAAUUUUAUGAUAUAUUUUAAAACUGUCUGAUUGACCCCUGAGUUGACUAAGUGGUCUGUAGUGAAGCUGUAUAUAAUUUUCUGUUCAGUUUGCGACAGUCGAGCCGAAUAAUGUUCAAGGAGACGUUUUACAAGUGAACAUCAUGGUACAGCUGACCUAAUCACCGCUACGAAAGCAAGUAAACUGAUAAAUGUUCAUUUAUAUUUUAUUCGAAAACUAAUGUGAAUAUAUACAGAACAAAUAUUCAUAACUUCUUAACAAGUAAAAGGUUGAUAUAGGUGUUCACUGAGUCCAAAAUAAACAUCAAGUUUUUUCUUACAAUUUUUUUGACAUAUAUGUACAUAGAGCUUUUCUUCCAUUCAGUUAUCCAUUUGACGUUGUCCCUUCCCAUCAUUUACAAUCGUGCUAUCUUUGCACGUAUUUGCUUCUAUCUAAAGUUGCUGUAAAUGUAGGUGUUUACAUGUUAUCUGUAAAUUUGUUUCAUCUUUAUUGAGGGUCUAAUAAAACAUUUAUAAUGCAGGCUUGUGUCUAAUAGUAGAAUCAGGGACGUGUAUUUCAUCGUAUUUUGAACUCGUCACGUAAAUUUACCUACAUCCUAUUGCUGAUAUUAAGUUGGGCUUCGAAUCCGGUGCUUUUCUCUCCAAACGACGACCGGUUAUUUAUUGGCCUACUGAGUUCACAAAACUAAUAACCCGUUCAACCGUUAUGUUGUUUAUAUAAUUAUCAAUAAGGGUUCAAACUAUCUCGUUGAUGUUCAGACCCCAACUUCGAUUAGUCCAGGCUGGAGUAUAUGAAUCAUGUGCGGAUUACCUUGAUAUAGUCAUUUUGUCACAAGUUAUUUACAACAGAAUAGAUUACUGUUUGAGAUUUACAUUGUAUUUCUAACUGUUCGCUUUGCGACUUAUCAAUACCUACUGAAAAUAGUAUUAGAGCCAGUAUUUUUAGUUGUCAAAGAUAAGUUACAUAUCGAACUUCAAAAAUGAUUUAGUUGCGAUGAAGUCCGAUUAUCAUAAUACCAGAAGGACUCAAUGAUUUCCUUUCGGUUUGAUGUCUUUUUUAUUUCGAUAUUAUUCUCCGAUCGUAGUCGUACAUAGUUUGAUUGUAUCCUCGAAUGCUUGACUAUUCGUUCAUAAAAUCUGCGAUUAUUGAUCUCAGUUUUUUAUUUCGGUGUAGAUUCUCCGACUUAUGUAUAUGUCAGUGAACACUACUUAGGUGCAAUAACAUUAAAGUAUCCAUUCUCUAAUUAUCCCCUUAAUUUAAAAGACUUCAUAACUUGAUUUAUUCUCUUGUUUCGUAACCCUGUUAGUAAUAACAUCUAAUUUCUCUUGACUCUCCUCUAUCUGUGGUUUUGUUAACUACGGCAACUUGAAUAUGAGCACAUCAAUAAGUCGAUUUUUGUAUGCUUACCUUUUUGAUUUAUCAUUCACAAUACUGAAGGCAGUUGCACUAUCUCAUCUAUAAUAUUCGACUUAUUUUAAUAAUAUAAGCCUUGUCAUUUCAAGGAAUAUUAUGUAAAUUAUUAAGUAAAUAGGGCGUUACUGAAACAGAUCACAUUGAUCAAAUGGCUUUAAUGGAUGUCAUGGUUAUUGAUUUUUAAUUUCACUUUUUCUUCCCGCUUCAUUUUACAUGGGCUUGUCUACUGCUACUGAAUAAAAAUUAAGUAGUUUAGUUGGCUCUGUAACUACAUGUGUUAAAAAUUCAAACAUCUUUUGCCCAUAAAUAUAGUCAAUACAAAUUGAUAUUUAAGAAUAAAUAAAUACGAUGUCUCUUUUGACAUAAUGAAAUGAUAUUUUUCUUAAUCCUUAGGUUUUAUCACCAUAUACUCUUUCCCCUGAAUCGAUCAUUUCUGGAUCUGGAAAAAUCCAAUGGUUAAAUGACAAUUUGCCUAAAUUAGUCUCUGAAGGACAUCGUAUUUUGAUUUUUAGUCAGUUUGUCAUUAUGUUAGAUAUAUUAGAGGAAUUUUUAAGAAUAACUAACAGGCGUUAUAUACGAAUGGAUGGAUCAACUCCUGUCUCGGAACGACAAACAUUAAUAGAUCGUUUCAACAGCUCAUCGAUUGAAGUUUUUCUGCUAUCUACACGUGCUGGUGGCCUAGGUAUUAAUUUAACUGGUGCGGAUACUGUAAUAAUACAUGAUAUCGAUUUUAAUCCAUAUAAUGAUCGACAAGCAGAGGAUCGCUGUCAUCGACUUGGUCAGAAAAAUCCUGUUCACGUCAUACGACUAAUCUCUGAAGGUACUUUAGAAGAGGGUAUGCUGCGCAUUGCAUCUGAGAAAUUACAAAUGGAGCAGAAUGUAACAGGUUGUGUGUCUGAACACAACACAGAACAAACCGAGGAAUCUGAAGACACUACUCGUGUUAGUUCCCGGAGUAGAAGGUCGAAGUCAACUAAUAUUUUACCAUGUUCCAGUCUAGAUGGUAUGACAGAAAAUGAAAAUGUUUUCAAAGUCCUUGGUAAUUGGAACUCAGCUGCCUCGGAUCUCAGUUUAUCCAUUGUGAAUCCUAUAUCAUCGAAUCGAAUUAGUGAACGAGAUGUUCGCUCCCUUCUUUCAGAUGCUUUAAAAUUGUAGCUAUAAACAUUUUCUACUUCUAAAUAUUCCACAAUUCCUCUAAGACAAAGACCGAUUGAUAUAUUUGUUAUAGUCACUGUUUUUACUGCACCGUCCCCUUGUUGUAUUAGUUCAGCGAAUUCAGUGGUUUGAAUAUUUCUGCAUUGAUAUAAACCUUAACAUGAACACAUGGAAAUAUUCGAAUUUAGUUUUUGUGAAUAUAUAUAGGAUGCUGAUGAUGAUGAUUUCACGAAAAUACGAAAACAGUGAAAUUUGUCUUCAUUCUUUACCCAUGUAAAUUGACUCCACUUUUUGGUAAAAAAAAGUUCUAAAUUUUACCUGUGUAUCAUUUUUUUUCCAAAAUCUAUUUUUGCUUAAUUUGUUAUUUUUUACUUUUGUGCUUCGGUUUUUGUGUUUUCGUCUAUCUUGUUGAAUAUCAUACGCACAUUGCAUACG